AUGACUGCUACAAGCACUAAUAGACUUACGGACAACGGAUUAACUGAUAAAUUAUUGAUUACUGAUUAUAAUAUAAGUGGACCAAUUACGGUGUAUACUCAAUCUAUGGACGUGGACUCAUGUGGGACUACUCAAUGGGACACACGAUCUUCAACAUCGAACAGUCAGUCAGCUUUGCAUAAUAAUGAAAUGGCAAUGAAAAGAAAUGAUUUAAGUUUAUUCACAUCAAAUCCUAAUGAUUGCGUAAAUGAUAGUUCUGUGAAUACUACUACUACUAAUACUACUACUACUACUACUAACUACAAAAUGAACACACUAUCUUAUAUACCACCAGGAUUAAUAUCUGUUGUUAAUGGUUCUAAUUGUUUGACAGUUCGUGCAGUUGGACAUUUUUCAAUAGGUCAUACAUGGGGACCAUACCUUAUUCAGAUUGGUUCAGAACUUCGACAAAAGCUUACAGUAUUUUCAACACAACAUGAUCCCGAUCUUUUAAUUACAUUGACUGUGAAAGGUAAAGAUACUAAUCAGGAAAACUCAAAUAGCUUAAUUGUUGGCGAAGAGCACACUUGGAUUAGAGUUAUACACGAAACUGGACUCCGUUCUGACAAAAAUGAUUAUAAUCUAGACAUUUUGGUCUAUCCUAUUUUAAAAACAAUCACUUUACAAGUCAAAUCAGAUAUUAAUCCACAGGACUCAUUGAUAGGUGUAGUACGUAUAGUAUCAGGUUAUCAAAAAAUAUCAGAUCAGAUUACAAUGUCCAGUUGUCAUUCUUCUGCUCUAUUUAACAAUUCAAAAUUAUCAACAUCAUCUUCAACUUUAUUAUCCUCGUCAACUAAUACAACUUCGACUGGACCUAAAAGAGAUAAAAAGUGCACACACUGUGGAAUACCAUUUUCAAAUCUGGACACCUUAAAUGCUCAUAUGACACAGUAUUGUUCUAAAAGACCUGGACUAAUUUCAUCGACUUCGACAACUGUAAUUCAACCGUCAGCAUCAGUAACUACUACUACCACUAUAUCUGACAAUUCAUCCAUCAACAAAAAUAUCGCUAACAAAUUAACUCAUAGUCAUACGAGUUUCCAACGACAAAAUUCCUCACAGUCGUUUAGAACCAGUCCAAUAGGCUUCAAUUCUGUGGGGAAUGUAACUAGCCCAACCCCCGUUCCCAGAUAUGGAACAUUAGAAGAAGGUAGUGUUACAGAGUCAAAUUCUUUGAAUAUCCGUGAUGCAUCUGUAUUCGAUCCUGCACAAAUCAGUAAUUUGAUUAAUCCUGCACUGUUAAAUUUAUUUGGAGUUAACGAUGGGACAAAUAUCUAUCAAAUGUUUCAAAAUCCAUUGGCUUCUUUCAUGCUUCCAAUGAUAUCACGUCUUAUCCCACAAACAAACCUUGAUACAACAGGAAAUGUAUCGAAUUUCACUACUCCUGUAACCAACUUAUGCCUUAAUAAUCCAUUAUCUCCGACAUCGUUAACUUCUUUGAAACACCCAUCGCCAACAUCAGAUAAACCGAAGAGUAGUAAUCAGUCAUCCGAGUGCACAACUUCAAAUAACUGCUAUGACACUCACUUGAGUUCAACUACUACACCUACUCUUCAAAAUAAUAUGAUUAGUAGUUUGACGGAUUACCAAAAACCAAGGAUUCUCUUUUGUCCUAACUGUCAACAGCUGUAUACAUCUCAAUACCUUUCGACAUAUACUUCAAAAUCGAAUAAUGAAUGUGAAUCUUCUAGUCGUAUUUCAUCUGAAAUAUCUUCAGUGAAUCAAAAUAUUGAAAGUGUGGAUAAUAUAUCAUGGAAUUUGUCACAACUCUCAGAGGCUGCUCAUCGAUUUGGACUAAUUCUAGCUGUUCCAUUAGUAACAGCAAAUGGUUUGCAAUAUAUUCCUGUUGAUUUGUCAACCAAACUUAUAAAUGAUUAUAGUUCAAAAAAACGCCAGCAAUAUAGUAACAGUGAUAAGAAUAGCCUGGAAACGGCGAACAAAAAAAGACAAUAUACCACACCAAAUUUAUUGUCUGAAGUUACUAACGAUUCAUUAAAUCCUGUAAAUAUCACUUCUCCUAUUUCAUCGUCUUCUUUUUCAACAAACCAUCCGAAUACUAAACACGUUGAUACUUUGAUACCUCGGUUAAAUACUCCAAAUAUUCUAGAUUUAUCAAUUAACCCAUCUAAUACUCAGAUGCUCAAUCCUUUUGCAUUAUAUAAUGCUAUAAAUGAAUUUAGAGGUAUUCAGCAACAGCAACAAUCACAGCAAAAUUACCAUCCAUCUCAGCUCUUUCCACAGAAAAGAAAUGAUGCUUCUGAUAAUUCACAAGACUUUAGCCAUAGUGCUUGUUACACACGUCCUUCAACCGACAGUAUAUCACCACCUAAAAUGUUGAGUAGUUCAAAUGGUAUACAUAACAACCAUGUGUCUAUAUCAGACAAUCAAAAGUCGAAUGAUAAUAAUAACACAACGGAUUGGCAAUUACUUCAAGCCUUUUCACAGAUUUUAUCGUAUACAAAUGAAUUAUUGUCAAAUUCACAGACGACACCUUUCUCAUUCAAUAUCAAUCAACUUUUAUUUAUGUUAUAUGCUUCGAUAACAGCUAACUCGAUAAAUGUUGCUGGACAGCCGUCACUUAAUUUCAAUCCAACAAAUACUGGACCUGUUCCAGUUACCGAUCCAAGUACUGUUUCUAGUACACCGAUAACAAAUUUAGUUGGUACACCUUGUUCAAUCAGUGGCCUUAGUUGUGAUGCCGAUAAAAAUAUGGACAACUGUGAGAACAGUGUUACUCCUUCUGAUAUAGCUACUACUAGCAGUAUUCAUAGUAAUAUUUACAAAAGAUAUUCUCCCUUAUCAUCUGUAUCACUUCCAUCAAUAUGUAUAAACCCGUUGAUUCCGUCAAAUGAUCAAAUAAUUAGCACAUGUAGUAGCAGUAAUUUACAAAACACAUUCCCUAUACUUACAACACCGAUGACCAAUACAUCUGCCGGUGUUAUUACAAAAGCAGCUACCAAUUUAAGUCAAGAUCUAAACUAUUCAUCCCCUUCGGUGACUAAAAUGGAUAUGAAUGUAAUCGGUGGUAUUCUUAAUAAUGAUCAUAACAACAACAACGCCGGUAACAUUAGUUUCAAUCAGUCGGCAGUCGUUAAUAUACUCCCAGCUCUAAAACUACUAGGAUCAAUAUUUCCGCAUUUUUCAACUAUGGAAAACCAACAAGAAUUACAUGCUCAACAGACUCCUUCUGAAAUAAAUACUAACUCGAAACAGGUAAAACUACCACCUACUAGAAGUGUAAAUAAUGAACAACUAACCAAUCCACCUACAUCACCACAGCCAGCGGUUUUCAGACCAUAUCUCUGUCGAUUUUGUCAGACACGUUUUCUAGCAUUUCAUACCUUCCAGGCCCAUCAGCAGUUUUACUGUCAAAGACGAAAGGAAUUAAUGAAACAACUCCAGACAACCACAGCAAGUUCCGUCACAUCACAAACCUCACUUUCCCCUGGUGGUUCUACUACUUUAAACUGUCCAAUAAACUCUGGUCCAUCAGCAAAUAAACGUCGUUGUACUACAGCUGAUAGUGUUUCAUCCAAUCAACAUCAAACAACUGGAAGUGCUUUAACAAAUCAGAGAAUUUCAGCUAAUUCAUCAACUUCUAGCAGUGGUGAUGAAGCUGAAGGCUUGAAAAAUAGCAGAUUAUCGCCAUUGAGUUUGAAAUCAUCCCCAAAUCGCAGUUUGCAAACUUACCAGGAUAUGAAUACCGAUUGUGAAACUAACCAGCCUACUUCCACCCAAUGGGAGCCUUGUGGAACAUCUGAACUACGUUGUUCUGCCUGUGGUUAUGUUGGUCAAACACCUCGUGGAAUGAAAAUGCAUAAAAAACUACAUGAAUGCAACGGUACUGCAUCCAAGAACACAAAAUCAACAUCUGAGAUGAAGACAAGAACUGAAUUGAAGUCAGAAAAUGAAAAUCUAAUUAACACUUCUAACACAAAUCCAAUUCUAGGCAAAGAUUUCACCUCUACUUCAUCGACUGAUGUGAAAAAUCCACAUGCUAGUUCUAAUGACAGUAAUUCAGUAUUUUCAGAUGAUCAUGUUAAAAAGGAGCAGUUGUGA